AUGACAACUCACUGUCAUUUUCUUUCUUUCUUUCUUUCUUUCUUUCUUUCUUUCUUUCUUUCUUUCUUAAGCUGCAAAGUAUUAUUUUCUUUCUUUCUUUUUCUUUCAGCUUUCAUUUUCUUCUUUCUCUCUCUCUUUCUUCUUUCUUUCCAAGACUACUCAUUUUCAUUCUCUUUCUUAUUCUCUCUCAAACCCUUUUAUUCUCUUUCCACUUUUUUAUUCUCCUCUUCCACUUUCACUCUUUUUUUCUCUUCAUCCGACCACUUUAACUCACUCACUCAUCGUUCUCUCUCUCUCUCUCUUUCUUUAAUUCGAAAACUCGUUAACCUAAUUAUUUUGCCCACUUUUUCACCAUCUAUAUUUCCCUCUUUCCUUUUCCCCAAUUUCUCUUCUUCACUCUUUGUCAAUCACUACUCACUCUCUCUUUCUGAUGGUCCCAUUUCGCUUUCUCUCUCUUUUUUUUUCUAUUCUUCACCAUUCUCCUCACUUCCCACUUUCUCUUUCUGA